AUGAGAGAAGUCAUUGCAGUCCACGUAGGACAAGCCGGAGUCCAAGUCGGAAACUCUGUAUGGGAGCUCUUUUGCAUUGAGCAUGGGAUAAACCCAGAUGGAUCAAUGGAUAGCAAGCCUACGAAUUCGGAAGACGACAAGACAUUCCACACCUUUUUCUCCGAAACCUCAUCUGGCAAGUACGUCCCUAGGUGUAUCUUUGUCGACCUUGAACCAACGGUCAUUGAUGACGUCAAGAGGGGAACUUACAAGAACCUAUUCCACCCAGAGCAGCUGAUUUCUGGUCACGAAGACGCCGCCAACAACUUUGCUCGUGGUCACUACACCGUUGGAAGGGACAUUUAUACACCAGUCAUGGAGAAGCUCCACAGGUUGACCGAUGCAUGCGACAGUGUCCAGGGCUUUCUCUUCUUUUCUGCCAUUGGUGGAGGUACCGGGUCCGGUACUGGAAGCUUGCUUUUGGAGAGUAUUGGCGCGGAAUUCGAUAGGAAGACGAAAUUGAGCUUUUGCAUUUGGCCGUCACCACAAGUCUCUACCGCAGUAGUUGAGCCUUACAACUCUGUACUCACAACCCAUAACCUUCUAGAACACACCGACGUUGCUGUAGUCCUGGAUAACGAAGCAAUCUACAGCAUCUGCAAGAACAACCUCGACAUUGGUCGCCCAAACUACCAGAACCUUAACAAGAUUAUUGCACAGGUUAUAUCCUCGCUAACAACCUCCCUGAGGUUUGACGGUGCACUCAAUGUCGAUAUGAACGAGUUCCAGACCAACCUUGUGCCAUACCCUAGGAUCCAUUUUAUGCUUUCAUCCUACGCUCCCAUCGUGAGCAGCAGAAAAGCAAAGCAUGAACAAAUGUCAGUAGCUGACAUCACCUAUUCAGCAUUCGAUCCAAACUCUAUGAUGGCUCAGUGCGAUCCCAGGAAUGGAUACUACAUGGCAUGCUGUCUCAUGUACAGAGGCGAUGUUGUACCAAAGGACGUAAACUCUGCAAUCUCUGUGGUCAAGAAUAAGAAAACCGUUCGUUUCGUCGACUGGUCACCCACUGGAUUCAAGUUUGGUAUCAACUACCAGCCGCCAUGUGUGGUCUCCGGAGAAGAAUUUUCAAAGACUUCACGUGCAGUUUGCAUGAUCAGCAACUCCACAUCCAUUGCCGAAGUUUUCAUCAGGAUGGACAAAAAGUUUGACAUCAUGUACGCCAAAAGGGCGUUUGUGCACUGGUACAUUGGGGAAGGCAUGGAAGAGGCAGAAUUCCAAGAAGCCAGAGAAGAUGUUGCCGCACUUGAAAAGGACUAUGAGAAUGUUGGAUCCACGUAA